UUCUUCACUAAAACCAAAGUUACAAAAUUAUUUGUGUUGAAUUUGUUGUUUGGAAUUUGAAAAAUGGGAAGAUCUCCUUGUUGUGAUGAAAAUGGUGUGAAAAAAGGGCCAUGGACUCCUGAAGAAGAUGAGAAGUUGAUUGAAUUUGUGGCUAAAAAUGGCCAUGGAAGUUGGAGAAAUCUUCCAAAGCUUGCUGGUUUGAAUAGGUGUGGAAAAAGUUGUAGGUUGAGAUGGACAAAUUAUCUUAGACCUGAUAUUAAGAGAGGAAAAUUCUCUGAAGAAGAAGAAACAUCCAUUAUUAAGCUUCAUUCACUCCUCGGAAAUAGGUGGUCGAAAAUUGCUAGUCAUCUUCCAGGGAGGACAGAUAACGAAAUUAAGAACUUCUGGAAUACCCAUUUGAGGAAAAAGCUUCUACAAAUGGGAAUUGAUCCAAACACACACAAGCCAAGAACAGACCUAAAUCAUUUUCUCAACCUUUCUCAAUUGUUUAAUAAUGGGAUACCAAAUCCUCUAACUAGUGAUCAUCUCAAGUUGCAAGCAGAAAUAGCCAAACUGCAAUUACUACAAAAUCUUUGCCAACUUCUAAACCCAACCACUGCUAUUCCUACCACCAUUAACAGUAAUGGAUUUCAAAACCCUAACCCUAGCCAAUUUCAAGCUGGUUCUUCAACCGGUUUUGCGUCGGUAUCGGGUUUCGAAGAUGGGGACAAGAUCAAUAAAGCUAAUAAAUUGGAAGAAAUGGGAAGUUUUGAUUAUGUUAUUCAACCUGAGAAUUAUUAUCAACUUCCUCCAUUGAUUUUAGAAUCUCCUGAUGGUUCAACUUCAAAUGUUAACCAAAUCGAGAGUAUUGAAACAAAUCCACUGUGUUUCUCCACCAAUUCAAACUCACCUACUCCAUCCUCUUCUAUCUUUGAUAGUUUGGAGUCUUUGAUGAAUGAUGAUGAAGCAAGUGGGUCAUACUGGAAGAAUAUUCUACAGUAAGUAUCAUAUAUAUCACCCAACCACAUACUUAACUUCUGUUAAAUCAAUAUUAAUAAACUCAAAAGAACAAACCCAAUAUAGGGUUAUGACAAAUCAUUUAGUUUAUAUAUGUUGUGAAUUUUUUUUAUAAAAAAAGUCUAAAUUUGGUUCAGAUUAUAUUUUGUGUAACUUUUUCUAUUCAUUAUUUAGCAUUUUCAAAUGUGGGUUUUAGAAAGAAAAAAAAAAGCUUUAGACUUUAAGGGUGGGUGGCUUAAAGAUGAAUUAGAAUA